AUAUAGAAUGAGCAUAGAGAAAAAAAAGAAAAAAUAAGUCAAAUAGUGAAACGGACCAUUUUGUUGUAGAAUAUUCUGUGUUUUACGAGGUUAAAUGAAUCACAUAUCCGUAUAGUACUGUUAAAACAUGUUUGUUUAAUUAUUUGUACCGUUAUUUUAUGUUUUUUCUUUAUUUCAUUGUCUAAUUACCACGUUUAUAAAAAGAUUGUUAAAACAAAUAAAAUGGCGACUGAUCAGUCCAAGAACCGCAUGCAUGUAUUCAAGAACACUGGAAAAGAUGUCGACGAAAUGCGCAGACGGAGGAAUGAAGUCACAGUUGAACUUAGAAAGAACAAAAGAGAGGAGACUUUACAGAAACGUCGCAAUGUGCCGAUCAGCGACUCGACGGACGAAGACGAGAUCGAGAGGAGCUUAGCGGCUACCGAUCUUAAGGAGCUGGUAAUGAAUGCAGCUAAUGUUGAAAACACGGAAGUGCAGCUGGCGGCUGUGCAACAGUGCAGAAAGCUGCUCUCCUCUGACAAGAACCCUCCCAUCGACGAGUUGAUCGCGCACGGCAUCCUUCCUAUCCUUGUUCAGUGCCUAUCCAGAACCGACAAUUCAACACUCCAGUUUGAAGCUGCGUGGGCAUUAACAAACAUAGCUUCCGGAACAUCUGCACAGACGACGAAAGUGGUCCAUGCUGGUGCGGUGCCCUUCUUCCUACAGCUCCUGAUGUCACCUUAUGAAAAUGUAUGUGAACAAGCGGUAUGGGCCCUUGGCAACAUCAUUGGUGACGGACCUGUUUUAAGAGAUUUCGUAAUUGAGCUCGGGGUAGUGAAGCCACUGCUCAACUUCAUCAAGCUAGAGAUACCUAUACCAUUUCUACGUAAUGUCACAUGGGUGAUUGUCAACUUGUGCAGAAGUAAGGAUCCCCCACCACCAGUUAAGACCAUCCAAGAAAUUGUUCCUGCCCUGGAUUUGUUAAUCAUGCACACUGACAUCAAUAUACUAGUGGACACUGUCUGGGCUAUAAGCUAUUUAACAGACGGUGGCAACGAACAAAUCCAAAUGGUAAUAGAAGCCGGCAUAGUCCCCAAAUUAAUCCCCCUGCUGUCACACAAGGAAGUUAAAGUGCAAACAGCGGCACUCAGAGCAGUCGGCAACAUAGUGACGGGAACCGAUGAACAGACGCAAGUAGUGCUCAACUGCGAUGCGCUCUCACACUUCCCCGCACUACUGUCACAUCAGAAAGAGAAAAUCUGCAAAGAAGCCGUAUGGUUCUUAUCGAAUAUAACAGCAGGCAACAAGCACCAAGUGCAGGCCGUGAUCGACGCGGGGCUACUGCCGAAGAUCGUGGAGAAUCUCAGCAAAGGCGAGUUCCAGACGCAGAAGGAGGCUGCGUGGGCCGUCUCCAACUUGAGCAUAAGCGGUACCAAGGACCAGGUGGCGACCCUCAUCUCGUGCGGAGUCAUACCACCGUUCUGUAAUCUACUGGCCUGCAAGGAUACACAAGUUAUAAAUGUUGUUUUGGAUGGACUCAGCAACAUGCUGAAGAUGGCCGGCGAGAAUGCGGAGCAGGUGGCUAACAUUAUUGAGGAGUGUGGCGGCAUUGACAAGAUCGAAGCGCUGCAGAGCCACGAGAAGGUGGAGAUAUACAAGAUGGCCUACGAUAUCAUUGAGCAAUACUUUGCCGGCGAGGAGGAAGACACGUCUCUGGUGCCUGCGGCGGCAGACUCCGGCUUCCAGUUCGAGCCGACGGCCGGCGGACAACACGAUGGAUUCCGCUUCUAACUGCCCGCCCCAUCGCCUCUACUCGUAUUCUCCGACUCGAGCGGCCCGAGCCUCGGCUCGAUGGCCGCCCACAGGUCGUACCGGUGACGCGACGAUCGAAUAGCGUCAUCGAUUAUAUUAAAGUAAUGUUAACUCUGAUAGUGAGGACGCUGCCGUGAUGCGUCAUCAGGCCGCGGUCCGUCGGCUCCGGACGUCCGGCUCGAGCCGGACGAGUCUAAACCCGGACGGAGACCGUCCGACAUAACCCGGACGCUUAGACCGCGGCCGCGCUCGCUCCUGAGCCGCGACUCUACCCGAUGAAUCCACGAACGACUCCAUUUGAUGUAUUUUGACGGCGCACGAAUCCGCGACGUGUUUUUUAAAUAAUCGAGCAACUGUUAAUAUAUUAUCGUUCGUCGAUUCAACGGGCGGUUGAGCAAAAAGGCCUUAGCACCGUGGUCCGUUGUAAAAUACGCGUUGUAAAAUGAAAUUUCGUCGGUGCUACGGCUUCGUUGUGAUGCAAAUUAUUGUGAUGUUUGAAAUGUUUCAUCAUUGUUUUCGGAUUUCGUAUAUAUAAAUUGAUAGUGGACGAUGGACACGAUAGCUUUAACGUUAAGUUGUGCAUACCGUAUGACGUAUGUGACUAGUGUAUUCUGCUUACAGAUUGAUGCUUUUUGAUAUAAAUAACAUAGUAUUUA